AUGGUCCGACUCUCGACUCACUUUGCACUCCUCGUCGCCAGCGUGACUGCUGCGCUUUCGCAACCCAUCGACCAAGACUCUCUUGCCAAGCGAGCACCUUCGGGCGUGCCCGGCUUUGAUGUCUCGCACUACCAGGGCACCGUGGACAUGGCCUCGCAGAAGUCAAAGGGUGCACGCUUCGUUAUCAUCAAGGCUACCGAGGGCACCACCUACACCGACGCGAGCUUCUCCGCCAACUACGACGCUGCCACAAAGGCUGGUCUUAUCCGUGGAGCCUACCACUUUGCCCACCCUGACUCCGGCUCGGGAGCGACGCAGGCAAAUUACUUCCUGCAGCACGGAGGAGGCUGGUCCGACGACGGCAUCACCCUUCCGGGCAUGCUCGACAUCGAGUACAAUCCCAACGGAGCCACCUGCUACGGCCUUAGCGCCUCGGCCAUGGUCAAUUGGAUUACGGACUUUGUCAACACAUACCACUCAAAGACCAAGAGGUACCCUAUCAUCUACACCACCAAUGACUGGUGGAACACAUGCACGGGCAACUCAAAGGCGUUCAGCGCAAACUCGCCCCUCAAUCUCGCUCAUUACCAAUCGUCGACCAUCGGCACGAUCCCAGGUGGCUGGCCUUACGAGACCAUUUGGCAGUGGGCUGACUCGGGCACCUUCCCUGGUGACCAGGACGUCUUCAAGUGA